UGUGAGCAGAGGUGCUGUGGGGGUAACUUUUAAAUGACGUUGUCGUGUAUUUCUCCUCCUCAUAAGUUGGGUAAACACUGAAGUGCAGUUAUUUCGAACUGAGGACGGACGGAAGUAAAAAAUGAAGCUGUUGGUAUGCCUCUUUUGCGUGGUCUUAUUGACCUUCUGCACUGAUGCAAACCCCGUCAUUAAGGAGAGUUUUGCAAAGCAGCUACUCCGCACCAAGAGACAGAAGCCUGGACACCCUGAUGAACCUAUGAGGGAACACAUGCUGCAUAUGCAGAGGCUGGAGCAGAGGGCUCGGGAGACCAAUAUGGAGCAUUGGAUGAACCCUCACUGCUUCCCUCGCUGUGACCGCAACUACGGUUACCCUGUGUAACCGGCCUGCAGAGAUCUAGAGGGCGAAGACAGGAAUUCCGGCGGCGACAAAGAUGAUGAAGACCAUGAAAUAGAUUGCAGUAAAAACGAAAACACCCAGAAAUGCCGAGGAGGCCAAGGAUACGCAAUCCACGAAGACACCCACCUAAUAAUGUAGACGCAUUUUAGAUGUCUUAGAUGAUCCUACAAUCUGUAGAUUUUUUUUCUUUUUUUAAAAAAAAAAAAAAAAAAAAGAUAAAUAAACACGAAUUACGAAAUCGCAUUUUGAAUGAGACUCAUUAAUAAAAUAAAAAUGGUGUGCUAUAUUUUGAUUGUGACUGUGGUUUUUCAUCUUACGGGUUUUAGAAGUAUUUUAGUUACAUUAUGAUAUGGGUAAAAUCGAAACUACAAGAUUAAAAGUUUAAAACAGUAAUAAUGCGCAAACGGUCCAUAAACAAA